AUGUGCCUUUAUUGCAGAGCUAAAAUAGAACUCGGCGAUGUGACUCCGCAUAAUAUUAAGCAAUUGAAGAAGUUGAACACCGUUGUAUUUCCUGUUUCUUAUAAUGACAAAUUCUACAAGGAUGUAUUGGAGGCUGGAGAACUAGCGAAACUUGCAUAUUACAACGAUAUUGUGGUUGGAGCCGUGUGCUGCAGAAUAGACACAUCGGAGAAUUCAAGGCGAUUGUAUAUUAUGACUCUUGGUUGUUUAUAUCCAUACAGAAGACUAGGUAUUGGCACUCUUAUGGUGGAGCAUGUGCUUAAAUACGUGGAACACGAUGGAAAUUUUGAUAGUAUUUUUCUACAUGUCCAGGUGAAUAAUGAGAGUGCAAUAGACUUUUACAAAAAGUUUGGCUUUGAGAUUGUUGAAACAAAGGAACACUACUAUAAAAGAAUAGAGCCAGCCGACGCUCACGUCUUGCAGAAGACCAUCAGACAAACAAACUCAACUCCGUUACUUAACGGCAAUGUGCCCCAUGCAAAGACAAAUGGACACGAUUGA